UGCUGGUGGCAGGCCUUGGGACCUGUCAUUGAUCUUUUGCUAGGGAAACAACAUUGAUUGCAAACCUCUGUACUCUACUCAAAUGAAUAGAAGCGGUGCGCAUGUAAAAUAAUGAUUUUCUAAUGACACACAACAGCAAUGAUGAACAAAGAAGAAUUUAAGUUACAGUGGUGGAUAUUCCAAAUCGGACACUUGGUGCAUUUGAGUAACAGUGGUGGAUAUUCCAAAUCGGACACUUGGAGCAUUUGUAUAUAUCCGAGACAUUUGCAAGCUACUGGGGAAAAUGGAAAACAUCACAACCUCAUGAUGUUCAAAUAAUUUGGAUGAGUUCUUUAGCUUUAGCUAAUUUGGAUGAGCUCUGUGGUUGUCCCCAGGGAUCGCCAUUGAACUUUCCCUAUGACGGCUACUAUUGGUCUUUAGCUAAGUUUCUUCUCUUGAUCACGAGUUCAUUAUAGGAUUCACUAUACAGUAAAAGCUUCGAAUGAAAUUAGAUGUGAAUCAGCAACGUUUCACUAAGCACGGCUAAAGUGUAUCAAUCAUGAAUCCACAGCAGUUUUCGUUGCGUUGGAACAAUUACACUUCUUAUAUAGCUGGAGCAUUCGAUUCACUUCGUUAUGAAGAAGAUUUUGUUGAUGUGACAUUGUGUUGCGAAGGGCGAAAGAUACGAGCUCAUAAAAUACUUCUCUCAGCAUGCAGUCCAUAUUUUAAGGAUGUUUUCAAAGAGAAUCCCUGCCAGCAUCCAGUUAUAAUUUUCAAAAAUGUGCGUUACACCGAUCUUAUGUCCCUAGUUGAGUUUAUGUAUCAGGGUGAAGUGAGCGUGCCGCAGGAACAACUACCUUCCUUUCUUCACACAGCCGAAAUUUUGGCAAUAAGAGGACUCACCGACAACACAAGUGAUUCGCGCCAACCGGCAAGCACAACUACAUCAGCCAUCGCUCAACAACUCAUACAAAGUCAAGCGGUUUUGGAAAAACCAGCUACAAUUACCACUACUGACUCUCUGUAUCUUACAUUGCCAUCAAAUUCUACUAUAGUCCAUCAACCAAAGCUUGUACAAGCGCAGAUUCAGACAACUCCUAUCAUAACUAAGCCACUGAUCAAAAAUACACCUACCGAAAUGCCCUCCUUGGCUGCCUCAUCAACACUUGCAGUGCCAAUUGCUCAACAACAACAACCAGCUAUCGCCAAAAUACAGGUGCAAGCAUCGUCCCAGUCACAACAGCCACAACAGGUACAAGUACAAGUACAACAAGUACAACAGACCCAAACACAUCAAACACAGCAAGCGACAGCUUCCCAGACUCAAUCGCAAUCCCAACAAGCUACUACUCUACAAGAAGUCGUUGAAAACGUAGUUCUCCCUAGAAAGAAGAAAGUAAAAGGUCAACAGAUAAUUGCAUCACAGUCAAACACAUCUAUACCUUCUGGUUCUACGGUAACAGUUACUACAACGACGACAGGGCAAUCUGGUGACAAUGAAAUGUAUGAGACAGAUACCUAUACUAUCACGACGAAGGAUGCACGAGAAGAUCACGAACAGGCCGAACAGUACGUAGAAAGUGGACAAUCUUCUGGCACUACGUUAAAGAUGGAAAUUCCGGAGUUUAUCAGCGUUGGAGAGCCGAUAAAUACUGGUAACGGCACAAAUAAUACAUACCUCCAAGAAAGCUACGAACUUGUCUCAGAAAAUAUGGAAGAUAAGGACGAGGAGGAAGAUAUGGCGCAGGAUAAUAUUGAGAUAGAAGGAUCUGAAGUGGAUAUGAGUCGUCUUUUCCAGGGAUCAACUGAUGAGCAGACGAAAUCUAACAUUUUACAAGAUACAGAACUUCGCUUCCGGUGCAGUAUCUGUUGGAAGGGCUUCAAGCACCCGAUGUCGUUGACCCUGCACAAGGAUUUACACUCGGGAAAAACCAAGUGUCCGGUUUGUUUGCGUUCUUUCUCUCGCAGUUACGACAUGCGCAUACACCUGAACAAAAUCCACCAAGUGACACUGAAGCUAGAUGCUCGUUUCAACUUUAAAAAUAUGAAAUCAGAGUAAAAAUAUGCUUAGUCUGUUUGGCAAGUCAAUUCUCAAUGUUGAUAGCGGUGUUCAUCGCUCACGAGAUUGUUUUUGAAAAAUAUGUUAAUAGUUGUGACUACUGUGGGUUUCAAAUCCACCUGAAGAGCGUUGCGUUAUCCUGUAAACAUUCAAAACUGAUUCGUAAAGCAUUGCAAUUGAAACAUUUAGGAAAAAUAAAAGAAAUCCUCGUGAAACUCGUUAA